GGACAGUUGAGUCGGUACAUGAUUUUGCACGCGCUCUAUCAUACAAUAGUACUCGGAUGCCGCCUCCACUUCUCUCGACACGGCGGCUGGGAAGGAACCUGGGACUUUUUGUGAUGCCGUGGACAAUUUCUAAGAUCAAUCAAUCAAGAUCCAUGGUUGUACUGGAGUCUGCGCAUUUAUUAUUAUUCGUUCAAACGGCCAUACUUAUACUGAAUUAGCUAACAGGCUAGUACAAAUCCGAAGUGCUGUAUCAGAUCUUUCUCGAAGCAGAUUGAUGAGCCUGAUCAAGGGCAUCAUUCUAGCAGCC